CCACACACUCGGCUGUUGAGCGUGUCCUUCCACAGAGUUAGACUCAAUUACAAAAGCAGCAAAAACCUUGCUGCUAUUUGAAUCUUAUAGAGUCAAGGAAAGAGACUCACAGAAAAUGGCGGGUGGCGGAUUUGCGGUUGAUACACCGGCCGGCAGCUUCGACGGCAGGGUGACACUCUCAGUUGUCAUCACUUGCUUUGUUGCUGCAUCCAGUGGCCUCAUUUUUGGAUAUGACAUCGGAGUUUCAGGAGGUGUGACAACAAUGGUACCGUUUCUUGAGAAGUUCUUCCCAGACAUACUGAGGAAGGCAGCUGGUACUAAAGUGAACUUGUACUGUGUGUAUGACAGUCAAGUGCUUACUUUGUUCACGUCUUCUUUGUAUCUGGCUGGCUUGAUGUCGUCGCUCGUUGCAAGCCGAGUCACGGCCGCGCUUGGCCGCAGGAUCACCAUGAUGAUAGGUGGCGCCACCUUCCUUGUCGGCGGUGCUUUCAACGGAGGAGCUGAAAACAUUGCCAUGCUCAUCUUGGGUCGUAUCCUUCUCGGCUUUGGGGUUGGUUUCACUAAUCAGGCAGCUCCACUGUACCUAUCCGAAAUCGCACCACCAAAAUGGCGAGGCGCGUUUAAUGCAGGGUUCCAAUUCUUCUUGUCAAUCGGAGUGGUGGUUGCGGGCUGCAUCAACUACGGCACAGCCAAACACACUUGGGGGUGGCGCGUCUCCCUGGGGAUCGCCAUCGUCCCUGCCGCAGUCAUCACCAUUGGCUCCUUCCUCAUAACCGACACCCCCAACAGUCUUGUCCAACGUGGCAAGAUAGAGCAAGCAAGGAAGGCUCUUCGGCAAGUGAGAGGCUCCGAGACCGACGUGGAACCUGAGCUGAAAGAACUCAUUAGGUGGUCUGAAAUCGCGAAAUCUGUGGAGAAGGAACCGUUUAUGAUGAUAUUUGAGAGGCAGUAUCGCCCUCACUUGGUCAUGGCCUUUUUAAUACCUUCUUUUCAGCAGCUUACUGGUAUCAACAUCGUCGCUUUCUAUUCUCCUAAUCUCUUUCAAUCUGUGGGUUUCGGACAUGAUGCUGCUUUGCUCUCUGCUAUUAUUCUUGGAGUUGUUAACCUUACCUCCAUCCUCUUCUCUACUACUAUUGUUGAUCGCUUCGGUCGAAGGUUCUGUUUUAUUUCUGGUGGCCUUGUCAUGCUUUUUUGUCAGAUUGCGUUGGCUGCAUUGCUAGCUGCGGUGACGGGUGUUCACGGCACAAAGGACAUAUCGAGAGGCAGCGCCGUGAUGGUACUUGUGCUGAUGUGUGUCUACUCCGCCGGCUUCGGGUGGUCGUGGGGGCCUCUAGCGUUCCUGGUUCCAAGUGAGAUCUUCCCAUUGAAGAUCAGAACCACCGGACAGAGCAUAAACAUCGCCAUGGGAUUCCUAACCAUUUCCGUAUUGUCGCAAUCAUUCUUGUCCAUGCUUUGCCACUUCAAGUUCGCCGUCUUCUUGUUCUACGGCGGUUGGAUCGCCAUCAUGACUCUCUUUAUCUUCUUCUUCUUGCCGGAGACCAAACGGAUCCCUCUUGAAUCAAUGUACACCAUUUGGGGCAAGCAUUGGUUUUGGCAUCGCUAUGUUACUAAUGAAGAGUCUCGCCAAUAUGAUAAUAAUAUAUGAAAUGAACCAAGUACUACCAUUGGUAUAAUGUUUCUAAGAAAAAAAUAUAAUGGGGAAAAAGUGCAUCGUAAUUGCUUCUUUCUU